GGUUCUUCAAGUCCUCUUAACCUCACCGUCCGCCUCUUCGACGGCUACCAAAAACUUUGUUCAUCUUUCUCACUGCAAGCCAUGGCCGCCGACGAAUUGAUGCCGUCCCACAGGUCUCACAAGGCUCGCCAAGCAGGUCCUUCCAUGAGGAAGAAAUCUGAAAACGACAAGAAGAAGCGUGGCGUCUCCGAUACCAAGCAGCAAAAUCCUAGAGCGUUUUCUGUUAAGUCGGCUGUGAAGCAGAAGCGUUUGCAGGCUCGCUCAGUGGAAGAGCAAAAGCGACUUCAUCUUCCGACCAUUGAUCGUACUUACGGCGAUCCUCCUCCUUUCGUCGUCGUGGUUCAAGGCCCUCCAGGGGUCGGAAAGUCUCUCGUGAUUAAGUCCCUUGUUAAGCAUUUUACGCACCAGAAUUUACCGGAGGUUCGAGGACCUAUUACCAUUGUAACAGGUAAACAUAUACGGAUACAAUUUGUGGAGUGCCCAAAUGAUAUCAAUGGGAUGGUGGAUUGUGCAAAAAUUGCUGAUCUAGCUCUACUUCUCAUAGACGGGAGUUAUGGUUUUGAGAUGGAAACAUUUGAGUUCCUGAAUAUUAUGCAAGUGCAUGGAUUUCCUAGAGUUAUGGGAGUCCUCACUCACCUGGAUAAGUUCAAGGAUGUUAAGAAGCUGAGGAAAACAAAACAACGUCUCAAGCAUCGAUUUUGGACCGAAAUAUACAAUGGAGCUAAAUUGUUCUAUUUAUCUGGUCUUAUCCAUGGGAAGUAUUCGCCACGUGAAGUUUUCAACCUCUCCCGCUUCAUAAAAGUUAUCAAGUACAGUCCAUUGACAUGGCGAACAUCACAUCCUUAUGUGUUGGCGGAUCGUUUGGAAGAUGUUACCCCACCCGAGAAAGUUCAGAUGGAUAAGAAAUGCGAUAGAAAUAUCACUUUGUAUGGUUACCUACGUGGUUGUAACUUGAAAAAAGGGAUGAAGGUACAUAUUGCUGGAGUUGGCGACUACAGUUUAGCUGGGGUGACUGUCUUACCGGAUCCUUGUCCUUUACCCUCAGCUGCCAAGAAGAAGGGGCUGAGGGACAGGGAUAAACUUUUCUAUGCUCCUAUGUCCGGGAUUGGAGAUCUUUUGUAUGACAAAGAUGCUGUUUACAUCAACAUAAAUGAUCACUUUGUUCAGUACUCUAAAACUGAUGAGGGAAAUGGAGAACCUACUAAUAAAGGAAAGGGCAGGGAUGUUGGUGAAGAAUUGGUAAAGUCGUUGCAGAGCACAAAAUAUUCUGUUGAUGAGAAAUUAGAGAAGACUUUCAUUAAUUUAUUUGGCAAAAAGACUAGUGCCAUCUCUGAAAGAAAACUUGAGGCUGAAGAUGCGCACCAAUCUUUGUCGGAAGGCUCUGAGUCAUCAGAGGAUUCUCAAUCUGGUGAUGAUCUUGAAGAUGAGGGGAAGGAUGUAGAGAGUAAUAACAGUAAAAUUAAGCAGAAAACUGAGAUCCAUGGUGGAAGGAUGAGGAGGAAAGCUAUCUUCAAGGAUGAAAUCGAUGAGAGUGAUGCUAUGGACUCGGACGAAGAUGAUGUUGAGGAAGCAGAAGACGUUGAAACUGACGAAAAUGAAGCUGGAGAUGCUGAAGAUGACUCUACUUCAGAUUCGCAGGACUCAGAUGAAGAUGAUGUUGAUGAAGCAGAAGAUAGGGUCCUUGGUAACAUAUCAAAAUGGAAAGAACCCUUGAAGGAGAAGGGCAGAAAGAAGAACCUCAACUUGAUGCAAAUUGUGUAUGGUGCACCGGGAUUAUCAGCUACUGCCUACAUAAAUGAGAACCAGGAAAUUAGUGAUAAUGAAGAAAGUGAUGACGAAGAAUUCUUUAAGCCAAAAGGAGAACAUAGCAAGAACUUAGGUGGUGGAUGGGAUGUGGGAUAUCUCAACUCAGAGGAUUGUUCCAAAUUUGUGGAUUAUGGAAAUCUGAAGAAUUGGAAAGAGAAAGAAGUUUGUGAGAUCAUUCGUGAUCGAUUUACCACUGGUGAUUGGUCAAAAGCUGCUCUGAGAAAUCAAAAUUCUGGUGCUGGCGAUGAGGAAGAAGAUGAUGAACUUUAUGGUGAUUUUGAGGAUCUAGAGACGGGAGAGAAGCAUAAUAUCAAUGAGAACAUGGAGUCAGGUGCAGAUCAAAACGAAGAUGCUGAAGUAGUUGAGCGUAGGCUAAAAAAGCUGGCUCUCCGAGCAAAGUUCGAUGCAGAAAGCAAUAAAUCUGAGUUAGAGGAGGAUGACAAUGAUAAAGGUGAUGGGAAUAAUCCUCGUAACAAUCAAGCCAAGGAACCAGGAUACGUUGACAAAUUGAAGGAGGAGCUUGAAAUUAGAAAACAGAUGAAUCUAUUAGAACUCAAUAGUCUUGACGAGGAUACUCGAAUUGAGAUAGAAGGAUUCCGGACUGGAACCUACUUGCGGCUGGAGAUUCACAAUGUUCCUUAUGAGAUGGUUGAUUUCUUUGAUCCGUGUCAUCCAGUUCUGGUUGGAGGUAUCGGUUUCGGUGAGGAUAAUGCUGGGUAUAUGCAGGCCCGGUUGAAGAAACAUAGGUGGCACAAGAAAGUACUAAAGACAAGAGAUCCUAUUAUUGUAUCUAUUGGAUGGAGACGCUAUCAGACUCUUCCUGUAUACGCCAUUGAAGAUCGCAAUGGCAGACAUCGAAUGCUCAAGUAUACACCAGAACACAUGCACUGCCUUGCUAUGUUCUGGGGUCCUCUUGUCCCACCCAACACCGGCUUUGUCGCUUUCCAAAACCUGUCAAGCAAUCAGUCAGGAUUUAGGAUAACAGCGACUUCUGUAGUUCUUGAGUUUAAUCACCAAGCCCAUAUUGUGAAGAAAAUCAAGAUGGUUGGGCACCCCUGCAAGAUCAAGAAAAAGACUGCAUUUAUCAAAGACAUGUUCACUUCCGACCUUGAAAUAGCUCGAUUUGAAGGUUCUUCUGUUCGGACAGUUAGUGGCAUCAGAGGACAAGUGAAAAAGGCUGGAAAACACAUGCUAGAUAACAAUGCCCAAGAUGGGAUUGCGAGGUGCACCUUUGAAGAUCAAAUAAAAAUGAGCGACAUAGUCUUCUUAAGGGCUUGGACCAAAGUGGAAGUUCCACAGUUCUACAAUCCUCUAACUACAGCAUUGCAACCCCGCGAUAAGACUUGGAGAGGGAUGAAAACUUUUGGGGAACUCCGUAGAGAGCAAAAUAUUCCUGUUCCGGUCAAUAAGGAUUCACUCUACAAGCCAAUCGAAAGGAAGCUAAAGAAGUUCAAUCCAUUGGUGAUUCCAAAGAAACUUCAAGGAGCUUUACCGUUUGAAUCGAAACCCAAAGAUAGACCAAGGCGAAAAAGACCACCACUAGAUUCCAGAAGGGCUGUUGUUAUGGAACCAGAAGAACGAAAAGCUAAUGCUAUCCUCCAGCAAUUUAAGCUGAUUAACAAAAUCAAGAUGAAUAAGAGAAAAGCAAAGGAGCAGGAGAAGAGGAAAGCGUAUGAAGCACAGAAAGCUAAGAAUGAGGAAAUAUCUAAGAAACGGAACAGAGAGGAGAGACGUGAGAGAUAUCGCACGGAGGAUAAACAGAAGAAGAAGAUGAGACGAAGCCAAGAUUAAUUUUUCAUGGUUAUUUGCUCAGACCAGAUUUCAAAUCCUUAAACAUCACUAAAGUUUUGUUUUUUUUCCGAAGGAUAUUCCGUCUUUUGUGUUGAUUUCAUCUAAUAGCUUUUGAAUUAUUUAUC